UUUUGGGGGGAAAAAUGGGAAUUUUGGGCAUUCCUGAGGUGAUUGUGACCCUAAAACCCCAAAUUUUACUCAAAAAACCCAAAUUUUACCCCAGAAAAGCCUCCCCAUGGCGGAGUCGCUGCAGAAGAAGCUCCAGGCGGAGCUGGAGAAAUAUCAACAACUGCAGAAAGGUGAGAGCCCCAAAAUGCAGGAGCUGGAGCGGCGCUCGGAGCAGCACCGGGAGGUUCUGGGGAGGCUCCAGCAGGAGAUUCAGGGAAAAUCCUGAGAAUUCCC